ACAACACAACGCCAGAAUUCGCGUUUUGAUAAACCCUAAUAAAACCCUUCAAGAAACAACAAGUAGACAAAAUCCCUGGCGGAGGUUCGAUCAUAGAGACUCUGAGAUGAAUUACAGCCGUUUGAUUUCCGGCGGAGGAAGGCUUCUCCGACGACUAUGCACGGCUGCGACGGCGGCUGAGCUUCCGAAUAAGAAGGCAAACCUUUACCGAAGACUAGCGGACCUAGAAAAGACCGGAGGAACCGUGUCGCAGACGUUGAACCAGUAUAUAAUCGAAGGCAAAGCCUUAGGAAAAGAUGAACUCGAGAGAUGCGUCCAGGAGCUUCGAAAGUAUCGUAGAUUCCAUCACGCAUUCGAGAUAAUGGAAUGGAUGAUGAUGAGGCAAAUUAAUUUUUCAUGGGAUAACUAUGCAGUGUAUUUAGAUCUUGUGUCCAAAGUGAAAGGAGUGGUUGAAGCCGAGAAUCACUUCAACAGUUUUCCUCCUCCUGCUAAGAACAAGUACACAUACGGUUCUCUUCUAAACUGUUACUGCAAGGAACUAAUGCUAGACAAGGCAUUGUCUCAUUUUGAUAAGAUGGAUGAAUUUGGUUAUUUGACUAGUUUGUCUUUCACCAAUUUGAUGUCUAUGUAUAUGAGGCUAAGUCAACCGUCGAAAGUUCCUCAGUUGGUUAAUGUUAUGAAGGAGAGGAAAAUUCGCAUGACUGAAUUUACAUACAUUUUGUGGAUGAAUAGUUGUGCUGCUUUGAAUGACCUUGGUGAGGUUGAACGUGUUUAUGAGGAGAUGAAAAGAGAAGAUGAAGACAAAAUUGACUGGAAGACUUAUAGCAACCUUGCUGCUAUCUAUAUAAAAGCUGGAUUUUUUGAGAAAGCCGAGUUGAUGCUUAAGAAGGUGGAAGGAGUAAUGAAGCCGCGCCAACGCGAAACUUACCAUUUCUUGCUGAGCCUUUAUGCUGGGACUGGUAAUGUUAAAGAGGUUUAUAGAGUGUGGGGGACCCUCAAGAAGAUCACCCCGGUGACCAAUCGGAGCUAUCUUAUUAUGCUUUCUAACCUUAGAAGGCUUAAUGAUAUGGAGGGCAUAAUAAAAUUGUUUAAGGAGUGGGAAUCUAGGCAUGUUAGUUAUGAUUCUAGGUUGGUUGGUGUUGCAGUGCAGGCUUACUUGAGUCAAAACAUGGACAAGGAAGCUGUGUUGGUCUUUGAGGAAGCUCUCAAGAGCUGCAGAGGACCUUUCUUUAGGAUUCGGGAAAUGUUCAUGGCAUCUUUAUUGGAGAAAGGUCAAUUGGAUGGUGCUAUGAGCCACUUAGAGGCCGCACUUUCAGAAGCCAGCGAUUAUAAAUACCAACCUUCACCACAAGUUGUGAGUGCUUUUCUGAAGUAUUAUGAAGAAGAAACAGAUCUUGAUGGUGUUGAUGAGUUAAGCAAGAUUCUUAGGAGUCACAAUUUUGAUGAAUCCUAUAUUAAAACUUGCAUUACUGCAUCCGAAUCAUCUCCUGGUAUUCAUACAGUAUUGAAGGAAGAUUCUUAUGUCAACCAAGCGCACGAGAACUUGUAACUUGGGAGCUGAUGUUCACCAUGAAUACACCACACCCAUCAUUGAAAAAACAAUCACGUGUGUAUCAUAUGUAGGUACUGUUAAUUCCGAGCUAGUGAUGAUUUGACAAUCAGGAUUGAUUUUUUUUCCUUGAGAUAAGUACUGGUUUUUCAAAUUCUUUCAGAAUUGAAAGGUUAGUCUAGUUGUUUUGAUGAAUCCUAUAUUAAAACUUGCAUUACUGCAUCCGAAUCAUCUCCUGGUAUUCAUUAUUCAGACAGUAUUGAAGGAAGAUUCUUAUGUCAACCAAGCGCACGAGAACUUGUAACUUGGGAGCUGAUGUUCACCAUGAAUACACCACACCCAUCAUUAAAAAAACAAUCACGAGUGUAUCAUAUGUAGGUACUGUUAAUUCCGAGCUAGUGAUGGUUUGACAAUCA